UGCUCGACAGACACGUAGAAAAUGAAUUUUGAAUUGGAUUAGUCAGUACUUCAGUAGUUCUGCUAUAUUUUAUUUUCAUUGUAGGAUAUUAUAUACAAUGUUCAGAAUCGAAUCAUAUAUUACAUCGAUUAUACUAAGUUAUGUUGAAAAAUAUGUAAAAAACUUAAGACGUCAAGAUGCUCAAGUAUCACUAUGGGACGGAGAAGGUUUAUUUCAAAAUUUGGAAUUAGACUUAGAUGUUUUGGAGAAAGAGUUAAAUUUACCGUUUAUUGUAAUAAGCGGUCACAUAAAUCAACUGUUAAUUAGAGUUCCAUGGACUAAACUAGGAUCAGAAUCAGUUAAAAUUAUUAUUGACACAAUAGAAUGUGUUUUAAAAUUAAAGACUCCACAACAGAGGAAAGCUAAAAAGAAUGAUACAAGCAAUAGAGAAAAUACCGAUUAUAAUGAGUUACCACCUCCAUCAUACGUACAAAGUUUGAUCAACAAAAUUGUUGGAAAUCUUUCUGUAACGUGCAAUAAUGUUAUUUUAAAAUAUAUUGAAGAUGAUAUAGUACUGUCUAUGAAUAUUAAGUCAAUUACUCUAGAUUCGUGUAAUUCAAGCUGGAUACCUGAUAUUAUUGAGUUAACACCAUCUCAGUUAACAUUAAGAAAAAUUGUUAAUCUGUCAGACGUAACUAUUUGCUUGGAUAGAAGAAAUGCUUCAGGAUGUAUAGAAACUUACUUAGAACCAUUAUUAUAUAAAUGUUCAUUAUCCAUAAGAUUAUGUCGUAUGUUUCGAACUCCUCAUUCUGCCCGACCUUAUGCAACUCAAAUGGAUAUGUUUUGUUCUAAAAUUGCUUUUAUUCUAACUGAACCUCAGUUACCAAUGUUUUUGAGAUUGUUAACUUUAAUAUUGGAAUUAAAUCCGAMUGACACACCAGAAACAAAUAACUGUAUUGAUGAUGAAAUUUAUAACAGAAGUCCUAGCAGCUGUAGUUCAAUUUCAGAAUCAAAUAUAGGCAAUAAUGAUGGUUGGGUUGAUUGGAUGUGGAAUUGGGUACCAAGUGUUAAUUUAACUAGUGAAGUAAAUAAUCUUUCUCUUAGUCCAGAAGCAGCCAUUAGUGGUGGUCAUACAUUAAAUACUGGAAUAUACAUUGAUACGCUUAUACUUGUUCUUAAAAUCAAAUCAAAUAAGAAAUUAAAUGAUUAUAGACCAUUAUUACAAAUUACUUUUAAUGGUACUUUACUUGAAAUGGUGUCUAAUCCACCAGAUUGGAUUAAUGUACAGUUUGGUAUUAGUAAAGCGAGUAUAGAUUCUAUAGGAGAUUGUACUUGUGGUGCUCAAGAUUGUUAUACGAUUAAUUAUUUUUCAUCAGGCUUGGUACAAAAUUCAUAUUUAUCUAAAAACAAUUCUCUUAGAAAAGACAACUGCAUUUGCAAUUGA